UGCAGUCACUAUAGCAACCAGGCUCACACCUGCCUGCUUAACGAGCUCUCUCUCACUCUGCCAAGGUUAAACCUAAAAAUGUCUGCUGCAUCUAAGCAGUUGUAGGAAGAUUAACUUUUUCAAUAGGUACAAUAAGACAGAUUUGACAGGGGUCAGUAGUUAGUAUAUGCCAACUAAGUAGAGUAUUGUGACUGGCACACAGGUUUUUCAGAUCUGGGCAGUUGGAGUCAGUUGAUGACUUUAAAAUCAUCCUUUCUGACUGGAUAAUUAAAGCUUACAGCAUCUACCUGUCUGUAGUUGAUUUUCCCACAUUUUAACUGUUUAACUAAUCUAAUCUCAUUUAAUGUCUCUGUUUAUAGUUUGUAUAGUUUAUCUCCCCACUAACAAACUUAAAGUAGUCUUAAAAUAAAACCCACAAAACAGUUCAAGAUGAAAUACUUUUUAUUUGCUCAUGUAAUGCCAGUUGCCAUAUUUUUCUGUAUGUCACUCAUUCGCUUAUACAAAAAGUACCAAUUUGUACACUAGUCUAGUGUAUUUUUUCCCUCUAUCUCUCUAUGUCUCUCACAUACAGAGACUAACACACAGACAUGUAUAUACUCAUUAUUGCUGUACAAACUGAUGGUCAAAUUUCCAAGCACCACCUGAACGCCUCAUCUGUUUUCAUCCCAUCACUGGACCAACUGUCGUCAUUCCGCUUUGCUCUCUGCUGUGGAACUUGACUCACAUCUGUGCUUUGCCUGUGUGCAGAAGAAGAACAAGGACCAGAUCUCCAGUCUUCUCUCUCACAUCCCAACCCCCCAAUCCCUCUAUCCUCUGUCCUGCUCCACCUGUUGUCUCUGCCUUCUUUCCAUCUGUAUUUCACCCUGUGGUUUGUGAGAAAUUUUGCCAAACCAAGAAUCUUAUUGCGGUUUGAUUUCAAAGCCGUGUCUUUCCUGCUCUGUCUGUUCUCUCUGCUAAAUUUUCUCUCUACCUGUUUUUCACUCUUUGGCUUGCUGCUGAAAAAUGCACAAGCCAAUAAAGCAAUAAAGAGUGCAUAUUUUGCCACAACCUAUGAACAAACUGAACAAACAAAGAAAACUCUAAUUCACGGUUUGAUUGUGAUUUGCCAGCCGUGUCUUUCCUGCUCUGUCUGUUCUUUCUGCUAAAUUUUCUCUCUACCUGUUUUUCACUCUUGGCUUGCUGCUGAAAAAUGCCAAGCCAUUAAAGCAAUAAAGAGUGCAUAUAUUGCCUCUACCUGAGAACAAACUGAACAAACAAAGAAAACUCUAAUUCACGGUUUGAUUGUGAUUUCCCAGCCGUGUCUCUCCUGCUCUGCCUGUUCUCUCUUCUAGAUUUUCUCUCUACCUGUUUUUCAUUCUGGGCUUGCUGCUAAGUUGUGCCAAGCCAAUAAAGAGAGUGCAUAAUAUUCUCUCGACUGAAGAACAAACUGUCAAACAAACACAACUGUUUCAGACAAAUAAAAACUGAAAUAUAAAAACAAAGAAAACAUCUCCUGGUGUGUGCCACUCUUAUCUUGUGAACAUAUUUUCUGAAGACUAAGAAACACUUGCAGGUGUGUGAAAAUGCCAAGGAAGCAGAAAAAGUCAAAAGCUGCAAAACAACGGUGGAAGAAGUUCCAUGAGAUUCACAGUGUACCAAUAUGUGAACAGGCUGAGUUUGAUUUUCCUCAUAGCUCUGCAGAAGACAGUGUGUCUACAAAGACCAAUUCUGAGAGUGUCAAACAGGCAGGUCAACAUGUUCCUGCACAUGUACAACAGGUAUCUUAUGCUGUUGCUGUAAAGAGUGGACUGCAGCAUGAAUUUAAUGAACAACAUGAGGUGUCAAGUGCCCCACAGGUGGGUUAUGCUGAUUUUUUGAAAAGAGGCCAUCACAGUGAUGUGGGAGGACCAUCUCAUGCAGAAAGAGUGAACCUUGAAAACCAGCCCUCUGUAACACAUGUCUGUGCAUCUCACAGCCAGGCACAUCCUAAAUAUGGAGACUCCAGAAACAAGCAGUGCACAUGUAACUCACUCACAUUUCUUGCAUUCCUUCAUGAGAAUGAAAACAUGUCUACAGCUGACCUUAAUCUGGUCUUGGAUAAAGGUGAUGUGAUGUACAAAGAGGCAAAGAAAAGAUUCCCCAAGAGUAUUCAUUUGGCAACCGAUGAGCUGCCAGACAAAGUUUAUGCUCGCAGGUCUAUGUAUCAUGUUGACAUGACACAGCCUUCCCGGUAUGGGACAUUUGAAGAACCUCCAGAGGAAGCAGUAGAUACCUUUCUCAGCUUAGAAGCAGGACUGAGCUGCCUGUUGUCAGAUGUGCAGUAUGCCUUAAUGAUUAUGAGUGGAUUGUGUAUCGCAGUGUUCAGAUCCACAUCAGGCAAAUAUGGUUUCUUUGAUCCACACUCCAGAACAGCCAGUGGUUUUCCUCUACCACUACAGUCACGUAAUCGUGGUACAGCUGUGAUGCUGAACUUCACACUCCUCAGUGACAUGAUUAAGAGGCUACAAGAUUCUUAUGAAAUGAUGGAGAUAUCACCCUCUUGUAACUAUGAGCUGAAGCCUGUGCAGUUUUACAGUAUGAGCACAGUCAACCUGAGUGAUACUAUCACAGACACAGUCUGCAGACCAACAGCUGCCACUGCUGUGGCACCUACUCACGCUGAUACAACUGUUGAUGAAGCAAACUCCUCUACUCCAAGGAGAAACACAACCACUGGUCUGACUGAGAACAUCUUUUGUCAAAUGUCCAUUUGUGCACCACUGGUGAAACAAAAAGAAGGCCACAUGACUCAGUUCACAUCAUAUGAAGAUCAGAAUGAACCUCCUAAUAUACCAACUGAAGAACUAUGCAGUGAAUUAAAUUUCGUUCCAUCGAAUGAUGCUUUUUCAUGUCAAUCAAAUGCUGCAAUAACAAACGUUGCUGCCUGUGAUCUUUCUGAUAUAGUUUUACAAAAACUGAAAAAAGUUAAUAAACAACAAAGGCACAAAAUCAAAAGAAGAUUAAUGGCAUCAGAGAAACCCAGAAAUCAGAGAAAAGAAAACCAAAAAAGGAAAGAACGACAAAAAUAUGCUUCAAAUAAGGAUUACAAAGAAAAGAAAAAUCUUGCACAAGCGAGGCAUAUAAAAACAAUCCUGAAGUCAGACAGAAACAACAACAGAAAGUUUGUUCAUGUUUGUGAUGAAAACUGCAGAAAUGAGCAGUGCAAUGUGCCUGAUGAGAGAAAGAGAGAGUGGAUUUGUCACACCUGCCACAAUCAUCUCAAAAAUGGAUCCAUGCCAGCACUUGCUGUUGCCAAUAAACUGGAGCUUGCUGAUAUUCCACCUGAACUGUCUGAUCUCAACAUACUGGAGAGACAUCUCAUAGCCAAGUGCAUACCAUUUGCCAAGAUUAUUCCUCUUCCCAAAGGCAGGCAGAGAGCAAUUAGAGGAAAUGUGGUCUGUGUCCCAUCAGAGGUACAGGAAACUGUUGAAGCACUACCUCGAUUGAGAAUUAAUUCUCAGGUGAUGAGAGUAAAACUGAAGAGACGCUUGUCUUACAAAGGUCAUCAGCUGUUUCAGACUGUAAGCUGGUCUAAACUUGUGCAAGCACUGCAUAAACUCAAGCAGAUUCAUCCACAGUAUAAGGAUGUGAGCAUCAGAGAUGAUGCUGAGCUGUGUGAUCCAACUCUUCCUGAUGAAGAUGAUGAGGAUGAUGAUGAUGAAAUCAUGAAUGAGGACGAUUAUGAUGAGGCUGAUUUAAUGGAAAUUGACAGCUCUGCUGAAAUGCGCUGGCCCGAAGUGAUUGAGGCAAUAACAAGGCAACAAGGUGAACAAGUGAAUUUUGAAGGACUCGACUGGUCAGCAAAGUGUGACAUCCUGAGAAGCAAUCCUGUCACAACAAUGCGCAUACCACGAACUGAAAACCCAUCUUUGCCAACCUAUCAGGCUUUCUAUGGUGCUGGCUGUGUACAGCUACCAGGUACUGACCGUCUUGAAUACGUGCAACACAUUGUCAAAAGAAACAGAGAAAAAUAUGAGAAAAACAGUGAGGAGAUCGAGAGCGCUGUUGAGGAAUAUGAGCAGAACAGAGGUGUGACUGACGAAUGGUGUAAUCUGGCACCUGAAUCAGAUCUCGUAAGGUUGCCACUUGUUGAACAAGAAAGAGAGCGAGACAAUGAAAAUGAACAGGAAGAUGUGCCCGACUACAGCCGUCAGGCUGAUGCUUCAACAGAAGUCAGAGCCAUCAGGGAACCCCCUGCUAUUGAUCCCACAUUGUUAC